AUGUAUGGUGAUGAUCCUAUAGUGAUAACCAAUCUUAGAAGUCAACUGGACUAUGUGAAGAAUCUCAUGGAGAGACAUGUAAUAGCAGAAACAACUUUCACCGAAGGAAAUGAUGGUACAGUGAACAUCUCCGGUCCAUCAGGAAGCACGACCAUCCCAGGGGUAGAUUUUGUGGAAGAUCCGGAUGGUCUUCUUCCAAUUGUGCUAGAUGCAUUUAAUGAUACUUUUGAUACUGACUGGUUUAACAUAGAGAAACGUUUGGAACGACUAAAUAAACUUUCUACAAUGGAGAAGAAGAGGGACUUUAGAAACCAAGUAGAGCGUGUUCAAGCUGUCACAAGAGUUAUCAAGAAUAAGGAGGGACUAAUACUAGACCCAAGGAAUAGAUAUGUCAGGGAACUCAUCAAACGAUCAUCUGUAAGAACACUCAAGGAUGACACAGAGGUGUUGGUAUUUAGAAGUGAACAAGGUAUUGACAAAAGUGGCACACAAAUAAUGAAACGCGGUAAGACCAGUAAACCUGUGUACUCCAAGAACUCCAUUGCAUUAAGAGAAUAUAAGGACCUUCUAAAGAAAAUAAAAGAGGUACCUACGAAUCCCGACAAUAUAAUUGGAAGUGAUGAAUCAAUUUAUGAGGACACCAGAGAAAUGCCGCAAUUUGAUACCAGUGAUGAGGAAUACGCUGACCGUGAGAACAUUGAGUUAAUAGACAUAGGUGCACAAUUAGGAGAUCUUCCAGGGCUAACAAUGCAAGAAAACAAUGAACUGAGAGGUGUUCUUAACCCACCUGAUGGAUCAAGCAUAGAAGGCAGAACAGGUCCCAGUGGAGCGUUACAAGUUCAGGCUGACUACUUUAAUGAAGCUAUUGGUGAAACCGUGGAACGCGCCACCUCUGCGGAAGGUACGACUGAGUAUAACUCCCUCCUAGAAAGAAUUGACAGUUUGAAGGAAGCUAGGGAUAGGACACUAGAACAGAGAACAGUAGAGGAAGUAAGAGAGGCACAGUUGGAAGAUAUUUCUAGAUUACGUAAGUUUAUAGACUGGGUAGGAAAGGAAAAAGUGGGACUUGUAGGGAUAGCAGUGUCAACAGCUAGUUUAAUUACAGCCUUACUAAUCCAUGCUAGGGGAGCCAUUGUGAAGACAGCAAAGGCCACUGGUAAAGUAGCAAAAGCAUUAGCAAAUUUAGCAAAGAAAGCAGGACCAAUUCUAGUUCCAAUUCUGAACACCAUUGCAACGGCGCUAUCGUGGGGAGCCAAAGGAAUUGCUUGGUUAGCGUCACACUUAUGGGUACUAGCUGUAGCUGCAGCCUUAAUGGUAUACAACUAUUACAGCAAGUAA